GGAGCGUCGCGAGUUUGGAUGAAUCGUACAAUCUUAUCCAAAAGUUUUAUUUUUUAUUUUCUAAAGUUCCUUCAAUGUUUAAUAUCGUUUUAUGCCUCAUCAGUUAAAUUUAGUUCAUGUAAAGCAAAAAUUGAUGAAAGUUGAGUGAAUUCCUAACGAAUGAACAGUGAAAAAUCAAAUAAUAUUAAACACAAAAGAGAAGUUGAAUAACAACAACAAAAUAAUAGUUUUUCCACCCAGUAUUUCUUGAACAAUCUUGCCAGAUAAAUUAACUUCAAAUAAUCGGAAAUCAAGAAUCAAGUUUUGAGUCAUAAACCUACUCUCUGUAUGUCCGUUUUGAAUAUAUUUAGAAUCAUAUGGAUGUUAAUAAGCGCUCACACACUCGUACAUUGUCAGUCCAUGUAAGGGAUUCAUAAAACAUUCUGUUGUGCAGUAUUAAAAAAUUCACCCACUCAUCGUUUAAAAAAGUCAUAUUAAAUAAAGUAGAUACAAAAAGAAAUCGUUGUUCGUGUGCUUAUUGGUUUCUGUGAACGUUGGAAGUAUGAGGUAACUCUGAAGCUUCGCUUUAAAUUAGCGAAAAGCUUUAUAACUAAAUUGUGCAAUUAAUUUGAACGCCGAAAACGUAAAAAUAAAAAAUAAUGGAGAACCAAUUUAACAAAUCAAGUUAGGACAAUAUAAUUGUGUUAAUUGGUGGCCGUUACAAGUAAAACGGAGCACAAAAUUUAAGUGUCAUACAAAGAGUUAAAGAAAAUAGAAAAAAUUGUAAAAUCAUGUUAUUAAUGGCUCUUGGAUUAGUGGAAACAGGAAGCACUGACGAUGUUCCUACAAAUCAAACUUUUCUUGAAGAAACUUUAAAAAUUUCAACAAAUAUUGAUGCAGAUGAGAGCGGCGGUGUUGUGAAUAAUGGAAAUGAAGCACCUGACCUUGUAUGGACUUUUGUGUCUCAGAAAUUGGGGUCACUGAUUGCUGGUCAAUGUCACUCAACAUAUUCACUCCAACCGCUUUAUUAUCAUAUCGGCUGUGCUUUCUUUCUUCUGGCAUUUCUUGCUCCAAGCCAUCGAUUAGGCGCCGCUCUCUAUAUGCGAUGCAUGCUUGUCUUCGGCUGUAUUUUAUUCGCCAUGUGGUCUUAUCUCACAGAAUGUCGACCUGAUGUACUCUUAUGGUCAGCAAUAUUUAUUCUUGCAAACCUCAUUCACAUGGUCAUACUUAUCUGCAAGUUAAGACCUGUGAAAUUUGACAAAGAAAUCGAAGAGGUUUAUGUUGCUUUAUUUAAGCCUCUAAGAGUGUCAAGGAGACGAUUCAAGAAAAUCUUAAGCUGUCUAAAGGCUGUUCGUCAACUAAAGCAUCAAGAGAUUUAUGUUCAGGAAAAAAUCACAAAAGUAGAUAGUUUAUCGUUGGUUUUAUCUGGAAAAUUUGUCGUUUCACAAAACCAAAAAGCUCUUCACAUUGUUUUCCCACAUCAAUUUCUUGAUUCACCAGAAUACUUUGGCGUAAGCACAGAUGAUUACUUUCAAGUUUCUAUCACGGCUAUUGAUGAGUCGAAGCUUCUCAUUUGGCAUCGUGAUAAACUGAAACUUUCCAUCAUUACCGAUGAGUUUCUUCAAGUUGUUUUCGAUCAUAUUCUUGGUAGAGAUGUUGUGAAAAAGCUGAUGCAAGUUUCGCAGGUCAGUGAAACGAUGGCUCAAAGCAAUGGCUUCGUAACAUCACAUCGAGCAUAUGAUGAUGAUGACAAACCGAUGUUGUUGAUGAAGAAGUCAGUAGAUAACCAAGGAAAUGGACUUACAGCUUUAAUCAAUAAACAACUGCAAGCUGAAAAUCCUGAGCAUGUUCCCUUAAUCACGCCGUCAAUGGCCGCUUCGAAGCACCAAACGCCAAAUGCAGCCACAUCAAUAAAUAUUUCCAAUAACGUGACAAAUGGCCAUGGUUUAAUUGAUAAUAGCGAUCAGCCGCGUCCAAUGUCACCAGUUUUACUCUCAAGCAAUACUCCGGCUCAUAUUAUGCGGUCACGACUCAAUCAAUAUAAAGUCAGUGGAACAUUCAAUAAUAACAUUAUCGUGAAUUUUGACGGUGAAAGUGAAACAACAACCAGCGCCAGUCAAGUUGCGGUAAAAGGUCAGACGAAGAAGAAAGACAAGAAGAAAACUGCUGUCGCUGAAAUGUAAACUUCUCUUAUGAUUUAAAAAAGCUUUUUAAGCCAUGCAAACGACAUCAACGCAUGGAGAUUGAAUCGUAUUGAUGAGUUGACAGACAACGAUGAAACAUCUGUUUAGUGAUAAGUCAAAACAAAUGCAACUAGCAACAGCUGUUGACAAACAAAUAAUUCACUAACAUGAAAUGGAUUAACAUAAGCUGCUUGUCGUUAUUAUAAAAUAUAAAUAAGAAAAAUUUGCCAUUCUAUCUACCAUUCUAUCUACCAAUCUUCUCGCGAUUAAUAGUUAAAUCAAUAUAAGAAAACGUUAUUUAUAAGUCAGCGAUGUUCGUACCUAAUUGAAAUUAUAUUUAAAGCCAAUUUAAUAAAAAGAUUAAUUGAAGAUUUCGGAAAUUAACGAUUUUGAAAAUUUUAAAUAUGACGUCAUCGUAAGAUGUCUUACCUUCUUUCAUAAUAAACAAAUCUUCCCGCAAAACUUUAAAAAUGAAUCUCGCAGAAAAGAAUAAAAAUUACAACUAUUUAUUAAAGAAACCAUCAGAGGCAUCUUCUAGAGAGUUGAUAGCACAAAUUGCGACAUUCUUCGCUAAAAAAUAUAAUGAAAAAAUUGUAAUCGUCACAAAAGUUAUACUGACAGAUGAAGAAGCGAAGGAUUUGUUUAGUAAAUUAGAGGAAAGAAAAAGAUCUCUGAUAAGAUUCAUGUAUUGUGGUAGUUAUCAAAAAGUGCUUGAUAAACUAUUAGAAUUAGAUUCAUCAACAAGUAUUCCAAAAUUCUUGAUAGUGGAGUCAUUGCAUCAAUGGUACGAUCAUACAACUUCACUUGAAAAAAUUCCUUCAAUAUUUGCAACGAUCAUUGCAGCCACUCAAGAUCUCGUGAAUGUCAAUUCCAAAUUAUUAAAACAAAGCUGCUUCAGUUUUAUUACAUGUGACACUGAUGAACUUCCAAUUCCAACCAGUAUCGUUGAGAUGUUCUAUGAUUUUGUUAUUGACUCAGGAAAUGUCGAUCAGUUGUUGGAUAAAAUGGAGGGAAAAACAAUAGAUUCGUUAUGUGAAGAUGAACUGCUCAAUGUAUUUGAAUAUUUGGGCACAAAAGAUUUAAAAACUUCAACUUUAGUUUGCAAAAGAUGGAACGACAUUAUUGGAAAUCACGUUUCGACAAUGCGAAAUCUUCCUCUGGUUUUUGACGAAACUAAUAAGGAAAAGGAAAUUCCGGAACUGAUUCGAAAAUAUCAUACAAUAAAAUUGAAACGUUUUGAACUUGAUGACAAUCUCUUUGAAAAUGUCGUAAAGCACUUGACUUAUGAUUUUUUGUUGAUUUGA